CACGUAUCAAAAGCUUCAUUCUUCUGGUUAUGGUUUGUAUUUACGAUGAAAGCAGCUGAUUGAUUUCCAUGGGAUUUUCAUGUAUGGUGGACUCAAUCAGUUCUUCUCGUUGACCUUUCCACUCUGCAUAUCCAGAUUUUUCUAAGAAACCCACUCAAACAAUCUGAACGAAAAUGGAGAAUCCCAUCUACAAGAACCCGAAUGAGCCAAUCGAAUCAAGAAUCAAGGACCUUCUCUCUCGCAUGACCGUAAAAGAAAAGAUUGGUCAGAUGACCCAGAUCGAACGCAGCGUCGCCACUCCUUCCGUCGUCAAAGAUCUAUGCAUCGGUAGUGUUCUCAGUUGUGGUGGCUUCGGGCCUUUCGAGGAAGCAACGGCGUCCAAUUGGGCGGAUAUGGUUGAUUCAUUUCAGAAGUCUGCUCUCGACUCACGGUUAGGGAUUCCCAUUUUGUACGGGAUUAAUGCUCUUCAUGGUAACAAUAAUGUAUAUGGCGCUACAGUUUUUCCGCACAAUGUUGGUCUCGGAGCUACCAGGGAUGCUGAUUUGGUUCGGAGAAUUGGGGAAGUUACAGCUAUUGAAGUUAGGGCCAGUGGAAUUCACUAUGAUUUUGCUCCUUGUGUUUCUGUAUGCCGAGAUCCCAGAUGGGGAAGAUGCUACGAAAGUUUCAGUGAAGACACACAAACUGUUCGUAAAAUGACCUCCAUGGUUACAGGUUUACAAGGACAACCACCCGAAGGAUACCCCAAGAACUACCCUUUUGUAGGCGGAAGAACCAACGUCGUUGCAUGUGCGAAGCAUUUUGUUGGAGAUGGUGGUACCGAAAAGGGUGUGGAUGCUGGAAACACCAAGUUAUCGUAUGAGGAUUUAGAGAGAAUCCAUAUGGCUCCGUACGUUGACUGUAUUUCGCAGGGUGUUUGCACGGUCAUGGCUUCUUACUCUAGUUGGAAUGGCACCAAACUCCACGAGAGCCAUUUUCUGCUGACGGAAACUCUAAAAGAGAAGCUUGGAUUCAAGGGUUUUGUAAUCUCUGAUGCUGAAGCACUUGAUCGGCUUUCCGAUCCUUAUGGAUCAAAUUAUCGAAAGUGUGUUUUGUCAGCCAUUAAUGCAGGGAUCGACAUGGUGAUGGUGCCUUUUCGUUACGAGUUAUAUCUAGAGGAGUUGACACAUCUAGUAGAAACUGGGGAGAUACCAAUAAGCAGGAUUGAUGAUGCUGUUGAGCGGGUUUUACGAGUGAAGUUUGUUGCUGGACUUUUUGAAUAUCCCUUCAGCGAUAAAGCUUUGUUAGAUUCAGUUGGUUGCAAGCGACACAGAGGCAUAGCACGUGAAGCAGUUCGCAAAUCGCUGGUCCUUCUGAAGAAUGGUAAAGAUCCAAAGAAGCCGUUUUUACCGUUAGACAGGUAUGCUAAAAGAAUUCUUGUAGCUGGAGCUCAUGCUGAUGAUCUUGGCUAUCAAUGUGGAGGAUGGACCAUGACAUGGGAAGGAAAAAGUGGCAGAAUUACUGCAGGCACGACGAUUUUGGACGCUGUAAAGGAAACCGUGGGAGAUAAAACAGAAGUGAUAUACCAUCAAAAUCCGUCACCAGAAACCUUGGAUAAUCAAGAUUUCAGCUUCGCCAUCGUGGUGGUUGGCGAAACUCCCUAUGUGGAGGCGAUGGGUGACAAUUCAGAGCUCACGAUUCCACUCGACGGAGACAAACUAAUAACCUCGGUUGCCAGUAGAUUGCCGACACUGGUGAUCCUAAUAUCUGGAAGGCCUUUAGUUCUAGAGCCUGAGGUUUUUGGAAAUACGGAUGCUUUCGUGGCUGCUUGGUUGCCUGGCAGUGAAGGAGGAGGAAUCACGGAUGUGAUAUUUGGUGAUUACGAGUUUGAAGGGCGACUGCCGAUGAUGUGGUUUAGGAGAGUCGAACAACUGCCGACAAGUGCUGAAGAGAAUAGCUAUGAUCCUCUUUUCCCCUUUGGCUUUGGUCUAAAGAGCAAGCAGGUUAGCCUGUAAAAUGCAUCUUCUUGCAUUAAGCUUGUUACUAUAAAUUGCACUUGACAGUUGGCAACUUUUUCCAAGUCUUAUCUUCAUAAAUGCAGUACUCAGCAAUGGGUGCCAGAGCUGGAUUUUGGGCACCAUCUGUGGCAUCCAUUGCUUUUC